AUGAAGCAGGCUAUAGUCAGCGCAAACGCCAACGUCGUCAUCGAGGACUCGCCGAUCCCCACGCCGAGCGACAAUGAGCUCCUCGUCAAGGUCAUGAUCGCGGGGACAAAUCCCAAGGACUGGAAGUUCCCGACGAUCGAGACGCCUCACAAUUCCGGAGACGACGUUGCCGGCAUUGUCGAAGCUGUGGGACCGGGAGUAUGGGAGUUUGCCAAGGGCGAUCGCGUCGCCGGCGUACACGCAUUCCCGGAUCCCGGCGGCGCAUACGCCGAGUACGCCAUCCUCCCGGCCCACCAGACCUUUCGGCUUCCACCAAACAUCAGCUUUGAAGAGGGCGCGACGGUCCCUCUGGCAGCUCUAGCCGCCUCCUUCGGGCUAUUCUACACCCUCGAACUACCGUCGGCGUGGAACGGCCACCCGCUCAACCCGACGCCGCUGCUCGUCUACGGCGCCUCGUCGGCCGUGGGUUCCUACGCCAUCAAGCUAGCCCUGUCCUGCGGCAUCCACCCGAUCGUCGCCGUGGGCAGCGCCAACAGCAGCUUCGUCGAGCCGCUGCUGGUGGCCGAGGAAGGGGACGUCCUGCUCGACUACACCGCCUACCAUGACCCGCAGGACCUCGCCGACGCGAUACGGGAGGCCUUUGAGAUGGCCGGCAUCCACCGUGGUCGCACCCCCUACGCUCUCGACGCCGUCUCCCUACCCGGCACCUUUGACAAGGUCGUCUCCAAGGCCAUGGCAGGCCCGCCCAUCAACGGUCGCAAGCCGCACCUUGCCGUCAUGCUCCCGGGCCAGGACUACAGCUCCGUGGAUGGGAGCAUCCAGGUGUCUGAGGUAUACACCGGCGUCGCGCACCAAGGCGGCAACGUCGGCAGGAGGUUCGCCUACCUUGCCUGUCGCAUGUUCUCGCUGGGCCUGAGAGAGGGCUGGCUGCCGCCUCACCCGCACGAGGUCCGCGAGGAGGGCCUCGAAGUGCUGCAGGAAGUGCUGCAGAUGUCCAUGCGGGGAAAGAUUCACGGCAAGAAGAUUGUGCUUCGGGUAGCAGAG